AUUUUAUUUAUUGAUUUGCGUCUCCUGCGUGUCUCUGACGUCACGGGCUCUCGUCGCCAUGGAGACACGCACGCAGAUCCUCCGCAGGUUUGGACACAAGGAAAACUGUAAAAAACGAGCCCAAAGUGACGCAGAAUAAUCGGUGGGAUGAGUCGGCCGAGGUUCUUCACUCCGUCUGAAGUCUCCGCCCACAACACGAGCGACGACCUGUGGGUCUGUGUGCUGGGCCGAGUCCUGGACCUGAGCGCCCUGGCCCAACGGCACAAAGGUGAUGCUCUGCUGCUCCCCCUGCUGGAAAACGCCGGGAAAGACAUCAGCAACUGGUUCAACCCCGACACCAAAGACGUGCGGCGCUUCGUUGACCCUGUGACCCAGUGCCAGCGUUACUUCACCCCCAGGGGGCGCUUCCUGCACGUGCCCCCCCCAGGGCCCCGCUCAGACUGGGCCUGUGACCUCAGCCCCCCCUGGUGGACAGACCCCCGCUACUACAUCGGUCUGCUGUCCCACAAAACCCGCUGGAUCAGAGUCAUCAACACACUGACCGCACAGGAGCACAGACUGGAGGUGUGCAGUGAGGAGACCCUGGAGGAGAUCUUGGGUCGGUACCUGUCGUACAAUAGCCACGCCCACAGUUACACCUGGAAACACGCAGGUGCGGCCCUGGACAUGCGGCGCACGCUGGAGGAGAACGGUCUCCGCGACGACGACCUCGAGCUGGACCACCUCGGACUGGACCGUGACCUCUUUAGCCCCGCCCUCCUGCUGCACUUCAACGACGACCUGACAGACGCCUGACCCCAGCACCUGUCGUCUGGAACAGGUCCAAUAAACACUCAGGUGCACCUGAUGAUGUCACUGUGUGUCCCAUCACAUCACAACGUCUUACACACACACACACACAGACACACACACACACACACACACAUACAUACACACAGACACACACACACACUUGUGUUGUGAUACUGUGAGCUCUCGGUUCUUGUCACUCAGAGAAAUGAUCAGGUUCAACAUUUGUUAAUUUACCUUUAGAUAUUUCAUGACAAAGUACAACGUGAUAAACUCCCCAGAUUCCUGAUGAGGACGAAGAGGAGCAGACAGGAGCAGACAGGAGCAGACAGGUGCAGACAGGUGCAGACAGGUGCAGACUAUUCAAAAAUCCAAACCACAUAAAAAGUAAAAGGAGUUGUGAGUGUUGCCGUGGGUGUGGAGGGCGGUGACAUGAAUGUGAUGUCCAGAUACUUGUGAGUUUGAUCUGUUCCACUGUCACG